GGCGCUACGACAACAAUCCCCUCGCCGGUCCUUACUUGCCGCCCUUGCUCCUGCUGCUGCGGGUCACAGGCUUCCAUUUAUCAUCAUGGACAGCAGCGGCAGGUCUUUGCGGCUGCUCACCCACCAUCUCUCCUCUACGGCUUCCCAAAGUGCUGUGCACACGGUGCCCUCAUCCCACCCCGGGUACGAAGACACUGUCCCUUCUGCGUCCACAUCGUCCUCGCCCUUCCUCGCUCAAAGCGCUGCCGCCCAAUUCUACCUUCAUGGCGACGAUGACAACAACAAUGGCCAUGACAAUGAAACCGGCGCGAGCCUCAUCGUUCUUCGAACUCUGGAACAGGGUUACGUCCUCGAAGUCAGCUGCCUACCAUGCUCGGAAGGGCCAGUCCACCCGUUCUCAUCGCCAUUCCCCCAGCGUUUCCUGUUUCCGGCACCCCUCUUGAAUUCCAUGGCGAUAUCUCCCGAGAUGGCCUCAAACAAAGUCUACGUAACGGUCAUGACCGCGACAGGCUGGCUGUACCGACUCUGCUUCCCGCUUCACGGCAACAGCAUUGGUGAUCCGACGCACGAUGAAGACUGGACGACGGAGCAUCGGAUUGCGAGCAUAGCCAGCCCCAGCAGCUCUUCUGCAGCUGUAGAACUCGGCGGUCGUACUCCAACUUCCCUUCACGCCAUUGAAGCAGGAAUGCUUCUCGUCGCUUGCAAAGACGGCACAUUGGUCAAGCUGGAACAAAGUCGAGCAACGGAUGGGUCAGGCGAAUACCAAGGUCCCUUCCGGGAGAGUCUCCUUCGCUCUGCCUCGUUCCUCAAGGGCUUUACUCAGUUCUUCUCGAGGUCUUCUCCGUCCUCACCAGCUCCUGUGUCAGUCUCGAACACAAGCUCAGACACCUCGGCGCCCUCUCAUGUCAUUGCAAUGGCCACACAUCUGCGCGAAGAUGCAUCAGCGCUCGGCUUUUGUCUGUCCCGCGACCGCAAAUUGAGAGCAUGGGACCUCGUCACAGACACCUGCCUGCGUACCAUUGAGUUGCCGACAGCAGCUGGAGAAUACACUAGUCAUGAGGAGAUACCCGCCUUCAAUUCCGAGGGGCCUCUGAGACCUCUCAUCCGGACCUUUGCAGCUGGCAAGGAGGACGUAUAUGAUUACGCGCUCUAUCUCCUCGUCUAUAUUCCUGCGCCAUUACCUUCAGGUUCUUUCUUCGCCCUAUAUGGAGUGGAGGUAUUACAAGAAGAUGUCAAAGCGUUGGUCCGCAAGGGAGAGCCAUCCGUUGCCGCUUCAUCAUCCGGACUAGGAGCUCUCCGCCUCGUGUGGCAGAAGAGAUGCCAUCCAGAGACCAGGAACUUGCGAGUCGAAUUGAGAGAUGCUUGCGUGACAGGUACCACUGCGGACUCUCUUGCUAUGUGGUCACUAUGGGACGUCGCCGGGAGGACGGUCCUCCACAACGUCACCCUGAAUCUAGAUGACGACGCUGAUGACAAUGAGGUCGAAGCUUGGUCUGCUAUUCCGUAUGACACAUCUUCGACGUACGCAGCCCUCUACGGUCCGCGCUUCGAUAGCCUACUCUCCAGUGAUACUGGAACUCCGGAGAGCAUAGCAAAACUUUUCCUCUCUCUCAUCUACGAGGCCGGUCGAUAUUCAUCCGCCUCCCUUUCAUGGGCUUUGGAUACGUAUAGCGCGACUCUCCGGACCGAAACAAUAAUCUCACCAACAGCGGAAGACAUUGCUACCAUUGUAGCAAGUGGCAUCGAGCUACGCAGCGAUACUAAGACGGGGGCGCUCUUAUAUCCGCAGUAUCUUGAUCAGAUUCGUCGAGAAUGGAGGCGCUUUGCUGGUCUGUUGGAGGAGGUAGAUACCCAGGGAAGAUGGCCAGUGUCGCUAGUCCCAACGCAUCCCACAUCUAUUCCUGGAAUCCUCAUGCGAGACCGCUUGCUCUUCGCAGCCGAGCAGUCGCUAGUAGAUGCCGCGCAAACGUUCGAUAGGUACCCUGUUGAUCGGACGUACCUUGCUGCUUCCCUCGGCGCCUUCUAUGCGUCAGCGUCAGGCUCACGCAGAGAAGGCCAAGCACGUAGAGACGACUUGGGGUCUGCUUCGAUGGAGGCGAUCGAGUGUGCCACGGCACUUCUUGAAGCUAUCGCACCCAAUGCUGUCGCAUCACUGCUCACGCAAAUCGAUGCACUGGCCUCUGCGCCGCUCGAGAGCGAUCUUCUGGAAGCCACACUUGACAUGUGGGAUGGCGCAGUUGGAACGGGGGACAGUCUCGCUGUGAGCAGCGUUCGGAUGAGACUGCAGGCUGUUUAUGCUUCCAGAGUUGCUGUCGUCUUGCCUCCUCAGGCGAUCUCGGACGAUGUCGCAUGGGAGAUGUCUGCAUUGGAACCAGCACUCUGGGCCUUGACCGAUCUGCUCACAGAUGCGGCUGGAUCCACCGCUCCAUACGAACCCGCGCAGCCUGUUCAACCGAGCACCGCAAUAGGCCGCGCCCUGACCGCGGAUGGAACAUAUCAAUCCUUGCAAGCGCGGUUGAACUUGGCCCGCUCGUUGACUGUCCUCGUGCUCUUCCUUCACGCCACGCAAGAAGACUUUACACGCUCAUUCGAACGCCUUCCUCUUCUGCUGGGCCGUCUGAUCAGCAUUGGUCACGGCCUUUCCGUUCUGGUCCAGCUGUCUGACUGUCCAGGCGCAGUUGAAGCUAGUGCAGAUGGGUCUGGCCACGACGAUGAGGGUACCGCCGUUGUUGAGCGAAUGAAGCAGCUGCGGGUAGGAAGGGCCCAUGGUCAGGUGCCAGAGGACUCAGCAAACCUUCUCCACAAGAUCAUCUCGCUCGACUUGCUUCCUUCCCACCAUCGGCGCCGCGACGCGCAUAGUGAGGUUCCAGGGCAGCCGCAAUCUAUCGCUGCCUCCAUUGCUUCCGCAGUGGCUUCCCUUGGGAUCACUGACAUUGGCGAGCGGUCUAUCGGCCCUUCCGCAUCGAUGCCGUCAACGAUUGGUCUGUUGGCUCACCGGCUUGUUGAGACCGGCCAUCCAUCGGCUGCGUUGCAACUCGUCGAGGCUUUCCCGACCACUGCUGCCGCGCAAUAUGUGGUGGGCAGGGCUCUUCUUGCCACAGGCGUCCUUCACGUUCAGGCUGCCGAGGCUUUCCUCGACGUUCUUCCGGCUCUGCUGUCCUUGUCGCCGCCAGUCACGGAAUCUUCCACUCAAGAGGCUUCGCGACUUCUCCUGAGUACUCUGCCAUCUUCUGUCUCGGGUGGUGGUGGCUCAAAAGAUCACUUGCUGUCGGGCUACUAUCGUCACAUUGCUGAUCUCUUUGAGGCAAUCGGUGCAGACGCGCAAAUUGCUCUGUUCACUCGCCUCGCUGUGGAGAACCUGCGCAAAGUCGACCCUACUUCUGACACUCUGUCUGACCUCUACUUCCGACAAUUCCGGUCCGAGCUUGCGCUGCAACGAUUCUCCUCUUGCUAUGCCAUAGUCAUGGAGAUGGCAAGCGUAGAAAUUGUACUUCGCAGAGACUGCCUACGGACACUUGUGUCGGCCAUGUGUGAGGCAGAUCAAGUCUCUCUCCUUCUUUCAUACAACUUUGCAGGUCUUCAGACCGAAGUUGAACGCAACCUCAGUUUCAAGGCGCGCAACUGUGAUCCAAGAGCUCUUACGGGGCCUAAUUACUAUCACAUCCUCUACUCUUACCACAUGCAGCGAGGCGACUUCACUAGUGCUGGUGCAGUCAUGUAUCAACAAGCUCACCGUUUGGCAGAUGCACAUCACUCGGUUGCUGGUGUUCGGGCUGUGGAAAGCUAUCUCAAACUCGCUGUUGCCCAAGCUCGGAGUUACCUGGCUGCAAUCAAUGCCCUCUCACUGCUCGCCUCAAAGGACGCCUGGUUCGCCAAUGCUGUCAUCAACAAGGCCAGCAACGGCGAAGCUGGACACCACGGCUCUGCCCCACUAUCAAAUUUUGUUCCGGUCCAACAUUGGCAACCGGACUCAAAGGAGCUGGGAAUUGUGCGAGCGGACGACGUGAGGAGAGAAUACCACCUCGUCCUCGCGCGGCUGGAGCUUGUUCAGCUCUACCCUGAGCUGGCUAGCCCCACCAUGGCAUUGUCAGCCGCCGACGCAGUAGCUCUCUUUGUGCGUAACGAUCAGUACGACAAGGCAUUCUCCACAGCUCGAGCUCUCGGUGUGGACGAAAGCGGCAUCUUUUCCUCGCUUGCUCUGAAGUGCGCCCUGACUGCACACAUCGAAACAGAAUGUAUGAGUCUCCAAAAGGCAUUGCAGGCAACGUCAAACAUCGGAGGUGCUAAAAGUGGCGGAGAUGCUGCGACACAGAAGCUGCUUGCCGAUAUCAAUGAGGUCGACGAUGCCACCUUUGUAGAUACAUUCAAGGACGUCUUGACCGAAAGUGACAUUGCUACCAUCGCUAGCUGGUCCUUUUUGCAGUCUUCGCCCCGGACGUCUUCCUGGACCGGCCCGACUUCGACCCUUGCGUGGCGAUAUCUCAAGAUGCAUCUGGACACCUCUGGACCUGAUCCGAAGUAUCGUCUGGUCGUCUUGCAUCGUCUGCUCCUCCUCACUACUUCGGAAGGGCAACGACUCGAUGUGCCCCGAUGGCUGAUCACCUGGUUCGAAGAGAACCGAUCAGAUCUUCUCAUUGCUGCUUACAUGAGGGGAGGAUUGGGUAGUGAUGCCCUCCGAGCUGCAUUGCAAUGGCUCAAGCAGUCCACGAAGCAUCUCGAUGGCGUAACAGACGUAUCGACAGUGGGGAGUGUAGCCGCUCAACAACAAUUCGUGCCCUACCUACUGUUGGAUGGCGUACUUCAAAUGGCAGGACAGCCUGGCGGGACCAAAGACGAUGAUGCUGGCGCUCUCGUGGCGGAGCUGAAAAAGGAAAUGACGCAACGCAGGAUGGGCGUGUUGGACGAGAAAUGGAGGGGAGCGAGGAAGUGGGCGGAAGAGAAGGAGAGGCGCCAAAACGCAGCAACUGCGACGACAGGGGCGGCAGGGACGAUGAUGGUAGAGUGGGAUUGAGGCUGCCAAGACACGUGUUGCGACUUCGGCACUGCACUCCCGGUGUGCCUGGCGGCUGGGGCGUCUACCCAAGCUGAGGGGU